AUGGCCGAACUGAAGACGCUCAUCCACCUGCGUGGCCAGGCGAAGGCCAAAGUGACCCGAAUCCGGAAAACGAUUGAAGACGUCUCGGCAGCCGGCGUUGUCCAGUUUACCCUGGCCCAGCUGAAGGUAUAUUCUCGGAACCUGGAAGCCCAUUUCCAAGAAUACCUAAGCUUCCACCACCAAAUCACCGCGUUGUUGCCAGCGGAAAAAUUGGAUGACAACGACGCCACCUACCUCCAAUUCGAGAACCACCACACUGAAACCGCAAUGAUGGUGGAAACGCUCAUCCAGUCCGCAACCCCGCAGCCGCCUCCAACGAAUGUGUCCGCACCCGCGAACAGUGCCCAGCUACCACCACAGAUAGUCGUCCAGCAGCAACCGCUGCCGGUUCCAAUCCCUUCGUUUGACGGGAAGCCGGAGAACUGGCCGAGAUUCCAGCAGGUCUUUUCGGACAUUAUGUCACGGUCCAGAGACUCCAACGCCGUCAAGUUACACCACCUUGAGAGGGCACUGUCCGGUGGGUCCGCCGCCAAGAUAAUCGAUCCGAAGACGCUCAGUGAUGGCAAUUUCGAUCACGCCUGGGAGUUGCUGCUUGAUGUUUACGAGGAUGAACGGAAAGCAGUGGACUCGCACAUCCAUGGCCUACUGAGUCUGAAACGGAUGACCAAGGAAUGUUCCAAGCAGAUGAGAGAGUUGCUGAAUGAAGUUACCCGCCACGUCGAGGGACUGCGGAUGCUGAACCAGGAUUUGGAAGGAGUUUCCGAAAGGUUCGUCGUCGUCGUGCUGUCGGAUGCUUUCGAUCCCGAAACGAGGAAGCAGUGGGAGACCACCAUUCCCCACAAGCAGAUCCCAUCGUAUGAAGACACCGUCUUGUUCCUGAAGGAGCGAUGCUCAUUGUUGGAGCGUUGCGAAGCCAGUCGCCCGAAGCCGUCAUCAGCCAAGGAAUCCAGUCAGAAGCCCAACCCGAAACCAUCGUCGAAGUCCCCGCCGGUGAAGUCGUUCGCUAUGGCUACACCCGUAGCCAAUAGUGAGGCGACCUGUGAGAUUUGUAGUGCGAGCCAUCCAAACUACAAAUGUGAAAGGUUUGUUGCGCUGACGGUACCCCAACGUAGAACUAAGGUACCUCGUUCGGAUGGCACGCUAUUGCUUACGGCCAUGGUUGAUGUCCUUGACAGCCAUGGAAAUUCCUUCCCUUGCCGUGCAUUCCUCGAUUGUGGUUCCCAACCACAUUUGGUUUCCCGUUCGUUUGUUGAACGAUUGGGAAUCGACCAGGUACCUACCCAUGUAGAAGUUAUUGGAGCUACCGGUAAGCGAUCGGUGCUCGACAGAAAGGCAACACUGUCGUUCCGGUCCCGUUGUAAGGAUUAUCAAGCCCGAAUCGAAUGUUUGGUCACCGAUGUGGUGACUGGUCCCCUCCCCGGUCGAGAAGUGCAGUUACUGAUUGGAGUUAAGCUGUUCUUCGAUUUGAUGCUUCCCGGGUAUUUGGUGCUAGGCCAAAACCUGCCUAUACUCAAGGAGACUCGUCUAGGAUGGGUCGUUGCUGGUGGUGCUGAGGACGUGAAUGAAAAUCAGCACUGCUACACGGCCAGCUUGCGGCCGCUCUCAGAAUGCAUCGAGAAGUUUUGGUCUGUUGAGUCGGUCGAGAAUAGUAGCGUAGUUUCCAAGGAGGAGCAAGAUUGUGAACAACUUUUCAGCUCGUCCACCAUUCGAAAUCCAGAUGGUACCUACACCGUCCAUCUUCCAUUGAAGGAAUCCGUGAGUGAACUAGGCAGUAACCGGUAUCUAGCUUUGAAACGUUUCCAUAUCCUAGAGCACCGCUUCAGCAAGAAUCCCGAAUUGAAAAAGGCUUAUGUCGAUUUCAUUAAUGAGUACAAGUCGUUGUGCCAUUGUAAGCAGAUUUCCGAGUCAGAUGAUGCCCCAGGGAAACUGGUUCAUUAUUUACCGCACCAUGCUGUCCUCAAGCCAAGCAGUUCCACUACUCGCUUGAGAGUUGUUUGCGACGCCUCGGCUCGAACAGCUGGUCCGUCUCUAAAUGAUGUGUUAAUGAUUGGUCCCACUGUCCAGGACGAACUUUUUUCCAUUAUCCUUCGAUUCCGUAAGCAUCGGUUCGCGAUAACCGCUGAUAUCUCCAAAAUGUACCGAAGGAUCCAGGUGGUCGAAAUUCACUCUGGACUCCAGCGAAUUUUUUGGAGGGAGAACCCUGAUGAUCCACUUCAAAUCCUUGAAUUGACAACCGUUACCUACGGGACGGCUAUUGCGCCGUUUCUGGCCACUCGAUCAUUGCUGCAGCUUGCACGUGACGAGUGCCAACGUUUCCCAAUUGCAUCCAAGGUAGUAGAAGAGGAUGUCUACAUAGAUGACGUAGUGUCAGGGGCUGAUACCAUUGAGCAGGCCGUUCAGCUUCGCUCGGAUUUGACCGACAUGUUGAAUUCCGGAGGUUUCCCUGUGCAUAAAUGGUGUGCAAGCGACGCAGCCAUCCUAGAUACCGUUCCCGAGGAAGACCGCGAAAAGUAUUUAUUGUUUGAAGAUUCCGACGUGAACAAGGUUAUUAAAACCCUUGGCCUCUUGUGGGAUCCUGAGGAAGACGAAUUUCGUUUCCAUUGUAAGUUGUUGUUCCAACCUUUGCCUGUUCCAACGAAACGUAUCUUCCUCUCCGAAAUUGCUCGCUUGUUCGAUCCUUUGGGGCUUGUGGCUCCAGUUAUAGUCCUCGCCAAGAUAAUUAUGCAACAGUUGUGGAAGGACAAGAUUAGAGCUAUGCGCCGCCCUAUUGCUGUCCAGACUUGUUCCAAAAUGCGUUGGGUCGUUGAAAAUGGAAAUUCAACGCAUCUGCCUGUGGUCUGA